AUGUGCAACUACCGGUUCACCUGUGUCCUGCUCGUCGUGAUUGCUUCCCGUGUGAACGGUGACAGCAGGUCGUCCAAAUCCACAAUCAGCCACCAUCAAUCAGCGUCUAGCGAUGAGUCAUUCACCCCACUGUCACUGUACGGUGGCACUCUGUUUCCUGCGGACGUUCCCACCGAUGAGCAGGUUUUCGCCCCGGCGCUGCCCGUACCGGAAAAACAAGUUUUAGAGUUAGGCAACCUGCGCGCGGACAUCGAGGCAACUUCCGCGAGCAGCCGCAAUGGCGGCAGUACGAGAUCUCAGGUGCAGCCGGAUCCGGCGGCCCAAAAAAUCUAUCCCACAUUUUUCCGUAACAUCCCACCGUUGGGUCACUCCCGGCCCUACUACCAGUCAACGGAGGCGGCCAUCGAACAGCGGUUCAAUAAGCUACGCACUGGCGUACCGGCAGCAUCGGAAAUCGCUUCGCCCCUGCUCGGAUCGGGCGAUUUCGGCAUUAUCAAGGGUGGCACUUUCUAUUACGACACGGACGUCCCGAGCAAAGGUUUUGUCGACGAUUUCUACGGCCUUGGCUAUAACGGCAAUAAUGGCCACGGUCGGCCACAGCUAGCGUACCUCGUGCAGAAACCACAGAAGGAGGAACAGUUCUCCAAUUUCCGCGACUUUGCGGACAUCAACAUCUCCAACGAUCCGGCAUACUCGCACCAUGCCCCACUGUACAUGGGUACGCACGGUGGUGGUCAACCGCUGCCCGUUAUGCCGCAAGUAUCCACCGUACCUGAAACCAGCGCAGCCGGCGCAGCGAAACGCGAACCGGAUAACAUACUGGACGAGCUGCGCUCGUUAGACGAGUCGCCGAAGCCCGAUGGCAAAAGCCGACCACGGUUGCCUGGCAAGGCGAAAAAGGAAACGCUUUUCGAGCGAAAAAAGCGACCAAAGGCCACGAAAAGCACUAAGAGUGCUGCGGAGCAGUCGGAGGGUGAAGACUACAUGGUCGCUUCCAGCUAG